GUGCAGUGGCGUCUCAUACCCAACGUGACCUUUGGGAGCUGUAUAAAAGGCGGCUCAGCCCAGUGCUCCUCACUCGCUCACCGUCGCAUCCAGACACUUCUCCCUGCAGCUCCAGAGCUUUGCCGACUCCCCAGAAAGAUGUGCUCCCGUGGAUCCUGCCACAGUCGCGAGACCUCCUGCCACAGCUCCCGCUCCUCCUGCCAUGACUCAGGGCCCUCCUGCCAUUCCACCUUCCAGAGGGAACCCGUGCCCCAGUUCCCCUGCGUGACGCCGUGCUGCCCCCCUGUGCAGCGCUACUGCCCCCCUGUGCAGCGCUACUGCCCCCCUGUGAAGACCUACUGCCCCCCUGUGCAGCGCUACUGCCCCCCCGUGCAGCCCUACUGCCCCCCUGUGCAGCCCUACUGCCCCCAGUACACCAAGAACAUCUGCAAGCUGCCGCCAAUGUACCCCAAGUACUAG